GGUAGCCAUUUUGAUCACCUCUUGAUGUGGCCCUACGAAACGACUCAAUUCUUAACUUUAUUUUUUUAUGAUCACUUUAUGUUUUAACAAUAAUCUGUAUGUUUAACCCCCCUACGUGCGUAGCAUUUUUACUUUUAAAAUUUACGUAUGUAGUAAAAUUACAUUACAUAUAUUUUUUGAGGGGGAAUAACACUGGGUCUUAAUCAUAAUGUACGUAGAUUAAGUACUCUUAACCAGAUUUACCAGAAAUGUACGAUUUACAAAGGCAGAGAAGGCUUAGUUAAGUUCGAACCCUAGUGUUAGUACUAGUAAUUACCAAAGAACUGAAGUUGGGAGUUGAAGCCAACUAACGUUAAUUUUUGGUUACUAGAUUUUGUCUUAUUGGUACCAUGCCUUUACCUAGUCGAGCUCGGAUAUAUUCUGAAGCAAAUUCACACCGAUCACAAGAUUACUGGGAUUAUGAAUCACAUGUUGUAGAGUGGGGAAACCAAGAUGACUACCAGCUUGUGAGAAAGUUGGGUAGGGGGAAGUAUAGUGAAGUUUUUGAAGCUGUCAACAUAACCAGUAAUGAAAAAUGUGUGGUAAAAAUUCUAAAGCCUGUUAAGAAAAAGAAAAUAAAGCGUGAAAUUAAAAUUCUAGAAAACCUGAGAGGAGGACCCAAUAUAAUCAAUUUACAAGCUGUUGUUAAAGACCCUGUAUUAAGAACACCUGCACUAAUAUUUGAACAUGUCAACAACACAGACUUUAAGCAAUUGUAUCAGACUUUAACAGAUUUUGAUAUCAGGUUUUACCUUUUCGAGCUGCUCAAGGCUCUGGAUUACAGUCAUAACAUGGGUAUCAUGCAUAGAGAUGUAAAGCCUCAUAAUGUUAUGAUAGAUCAUGAAAAUAGAAGGCUUCGGCUCAUAGACUGGGGAUUAGCAGAGUUCUAUCAUGCAGGUCAAGAGUACAACGUCCGAGUGGCAUCUAGAUAUUUUAAAGGUCCAGAACUGUUAGUUGAUUAUCAGAUGUAUGACUACUCACUGGACAUGUGGAGCUUAGGUUGUAUGCUAGCAAGCAUGAUCUUCAGAAAAGAACCUUUCUUUCAUGGCCAUGACAACUAUGACCAGUUAGUACGAAUAGCAAAAGUAUUAGGUACAGAAGAACUCUUUGAGUACUUAGACAAAUACCAAAUAGAAUUAGAUCCCAGGUUUAGCGAUAUUUUAGGAAGACAUUCAAGAAAACGAUGGGAAAGGUUUGUUCACAGUGAAAACCAACACUUGGUCAGUCCUGAAGCUUUGGAUUUUCUGGACAAACUCUUACGAUAUGAUCAUCAAGAAAGACUAACUGCCAGGGAAGCAAUGGAACAUCCAUAUUUUUAUCCGGUUGUAAAAGAACAACAAGUACGAUAUGAACACAUCACUGGACAUAGCAAUUCCCCCACACCAGUUUCAGUUUCAAGUGGGCUGACAUCAAGCACUGUCGCUGGUGUGCCAGCAUCGCCUAUCACUUCCCCUAAUCUCACGUGUCUCCCAAAUCCAGCUAUGGCCCAGUCUUAAGCCCUUAGUGUUACUAAUAACUGUCUUGUCAUGAGCCACCUUUGAGAAGAUUGUUUCAGACCUUAGAUACAAUAGAGGCAAGGUUGUACACACUAUUCUGGCUAACUUAAAUGAAGAUAAAAUGCAGUGAGGUCAAAACAGUUUUAUAAGGUCUGAACAAAUUUUAUUAUUAACCAGUUCAUAUAAGAAGCCUGAUGUUUAAAGAGAAAUGCUUGUGACUGUCUGUAGUAAUAUAGAGUAUCGAAGACAAUUUUGUAGCAUUAUACAAGCAAGAUGUAGCAUGAAAUAAUGUAUUAAACAUGUAUGGGUUCUUACCUAUUUUAAUAUUUAAAUGUUGCCAAAUCCAAUAGAGGGCACCAAUGUGUAGUUGAUGUUUUCAAAAACAUAAUCAGUUUUGAAAUGUAUCUGUGUGAACAACCGGUCAUUACAUGGUAUUAUAUAGGAUCAUCAUCCCCCAUUUAUAUAAAACAUUGUGGCUGCUAGGAUAGGAAAUAACCAUAUUUGUUUUAAUUCUUCAUGGAAGUAUAUGGAUCCUCUUACCUAUUUAAGAGAGACCAUGUUUUUACUGAUCUCUUAUCUUUUUACAUUUUCUACUUACUAAACAAAAAUAGAUAUGUAAUGUCAACCACUUUUAAUUUUUGCAUUUCAGCUUGUUACUAAUGGAAAUGAAGUUUAUUUACUUCCUUAUCCCUUAUAUUUAGGAAAGUAAAUUUAAGGUUUUGUCUGUUCUCUUCUUUUAUAUGGUCAUCAAUAACUUCACUCAAAGUAAACAGAAAUGUUACGUCCUGUCUAUGGAGGGAGAUAUCAUGCAUUUAGAAAUAGCAAAAUUACUGUUGUAUUAGCCAACUUUUUAUGUUUUGAAAAGUAAAAAAUCUUCAACAGUGUUUUAUUGAAAAACUUUGGUUAGGUUCUCCUUAUAAUUGUAACUUUGUUAAUAAAACAAGAUAGGGAAAAUAAAGUGUUGUCACUGCAUAAUUUUA